UCAGGUUGAUCACCCAGACCAUCCUCCGAUAUCCUCCAUCCUCCAUCCUUACACUCGGGACCGUGACUUGAAACGCGCUGUUCCUGGCAUCCUGGCACCCUGGCACAUGCGUCAACUGGUGGGCCAUACAUAGUGCGGGCACCUAUUAUUGACAUAAUCUCUUUUUCUCUUCUUCUGUUCUCUUCUCGCUCCUGUUGCAACGUCUUCGAACCUCAGACUUGAUUCGACUCGAUCAAAGAAAACCACCUGCUUGCCUGCAUCUAUUCCUUUUUCCAUCAUGUCGCAAAUCAAAGAUGUGGCACCUUCCCCCACCGAGGGCGACCUCAACUCGAAGACCUCCACUGUGCGCGCACCCCCCAGCGCCGCGGCGCAGCAAAGCGACAACAUUGCACAUGCUCUGGCAGGUGCCGGUGGUGGACUUUUGGCCAUGACUCUUACGUAUCCAUUGAUUACGCUGUCAACUCGCGCUCAGGUGGAAUCAAAACGCGCCGACACAUCGACGUUGGCAGCGAUUAAACACAUCAUCAAUCGAGAAGGCAUCAGCGGCCUAUAUGCCGGCCUUGACAGCGCUCUCUUUGGUAUCUCAGUGACCAACUUUGUCUAUUACUACUGGUAUGAGUGGACCAAGUCGGCGUUCGAGAAGGCGGCCUUGAAAUCAGGACGCCCGUCCAAAAAACUCACCACCGUUGAGGGCAUUGUUGCUGGUGCGAUUGCAGGUUCUGCCACUGUUCUGCUCACCAACCCUAUCUGGGUCGUCAACACAAGAAUGACGGCUAGAAAGAAUGAGAGUGACGAGGGUGAGCUGCCCGGCGGAGAGAAGAAAGUGCAAAAGAAGCCAAGCACAAUCGGGACACUGUUAAAGUUGCUUCGUGAAGAGGGCCCCAGUGCCCUCUUUUCGGGUGUGCUCCCAGCAUUGAUCCUGGUCAGCAACCCCAUCAUCCAAUACGGCCUAUAUGAACAGGCACGUAACUUCAUCGAGAAGAGACGAAAAGUCGGUCCAAGAGACGCUUUCUACCUCGGUGCACUCACCAAACUCUUGGCAACAACCAUCACAUAUCCAUAUCUCACUGUCAAGUCCCGAGCACACGUUGCGGGCAAGGGCAGCAAGGCCGGAGGCAUGUUGUCUAGCUUGAACAAUAUUGUCAAGGACGAGGGCUACGCUGGACUUUACCGAGGAAUUGUACCCAAGGUCAGCCAGAGUGUCUUGACCGCAGCAUUCUUGUUUGCCUUUAAGGAUGUUUUGUACGAUUUGACAGUCCAGGCUCGUAGAAAGGCCAUCGCCGCCCGGUCUUAAAGGUCUCACGCAAUACUCGACAGGAAGGCAAAGAUGGGCAAGCAAAGUCUCUUUGAAAUGAAAAUAUAAUAACAGGGUUGGAGAUUUUGCUUGCCAUCUCGGUGACAGCCGAAAAGGGGGAUGGGGAUCACCUGAGGUUGAAGCGCCGUGACUCGUGGGAGUGAUCAUACUUGGAUGUGAUAUAUGAUUGCGUGCUGUAUCAAGAUAUGGGUUGUAGGGCAUUGAAAUAGACUUGUUGGAUGGAUUCUGACAGUUUUAAACUCGGCACAAAGCAAUAUCAUUACCAUUUGAGUUUGGA